CGUUGCACGUUACGAAUCAGACGGCUAUACGAUGUUGCUGAAGUUAAUUUUGCUCAAUUUACUGUUAGCGGCAUCCGAAGCAAACGAAAGACACAAAAGGUACCUCGUCUACCCGGACGGCGGCCCCGCCAGAGCUCAGUUUAUCAUCGGUUUGGGUGUCCCUGUUGAUUUAAAAGAAGCUUCUGUCACAGUCGGUACUGUCAUAAAAUUUCAAUAUGAUUUACCAACAAAUAGUACUGAAUACACGAGUCGAAUUUAUGGAUUCGCGAACACGGUAUCGAGAGAUAUGGGCGGUGAAUUAUCAGAAGAUGCUGAAGAAUCAAAUGAUAUUGACUCAGACACGUCUAGAGAUAUAAACGACAUAGAUGAUGAUGCCGUCAAUAGUGGUAAUGAUACGUUAGUAGAUAUAACAUUUGAUGAUAAAAGAAGAAAACGAUCACUUAUGUAUUCAGAAGGUUAUUCUGGAAAUUCUAUUGACAAAUUAGAUGUCAACACUGAAUUACCUUUAGAAGAAGCGAUUAGACGUCAAGAAAUUAUUGAUGAAAAACAUUUAGAAGCAGAAGAAGAACCGCAAAGGAUGAACAGAUGGGAUUUCUAUAAAAUCAUGGAACACAUGAUCGAAAGGUACGGCUAUUCAGGUAGACCUUGCUUGCUGCGGAGCAUCUGCGAGGCAGCUGAGGUGCCUUUCACAUACGAGAACGGGUUGCUUGGAGAAAUUGGUCAUAUAUUAUUCACGCCAUCAACGACUAAAGACAGCUUGUCACAUCACACUGACAAUGAAUACCACGCGGCAGAGAGGCUCGGAAGGGAAGCUGGCAACAGCUGUGAGAUGAUGUUCCCCGAAUGUGAAUCAUCGAUACUGGAAACCUUUACUGGUAUUGGAAUGGAAACCUUGCACAAAUUUGGGUUGUUUUAA